AUGUCUUCUGAAAAAGAAGGGGAUCAUGGUUUCAUGGUGAGCCCCUCGGUGAAGCUUAUGCUUCUGCAAGGACAAAUUCAAUCCUCUGUUGCACCUGCUUCGACCACAUCGGCGUCUGCCACCGCACCUCCUGUUCCUGCAAGUGCUGCGGAGCUUGCAGCUGUGCUGUCAUCCUUGAAAUCUGAUGGCAGUGAAGGUGGUGAAGGCCCAAUCUUGCUGAGACGUGCUGCUGCAAGCCGCCAGCUGGGAGAGGGUGUGGAAGAGGAACUGCGCCUUGCAGAAGAUGCUCUUGACUUGCAAGAUGGACCUUCUACCAUCGCUGCAAAUUUGGAGGUGUUCGAGGAGAAGGCCGAGGAGUCCAGUCGCAAAGGAGUGCAGCUGCUUGUAACACCCGAGUACGGUCUGACGGGAUUUCCCGGCGCGGUGCGAAGCCAAUGGUGGGACUAUGCUGUUGACAUUCCAGAUUUGCCAACAGGAGAUGUCCGUCCUGUGCCAUGCUUGGAAACCACGAAGUUUCCAGCAAUUGUCAAAAGACUGAGUUGCAUAGCCCGAAGUUACCGACUUGUUUUCGUCGUGGGCUUGAUUGACCUGAAGCGGUGCUCUCUCGAGCCCUAUCCUGGCUGCGAGCACAGCAGGGAUGGAUCACUCUUGUUCAACACUGCUCUGGCUUUCGAUGCGGAUGGUGCGUACGUGGCUAAGUACCACAAGGCAAACUUGUGGGGUGAGCAUGCCGCCGAUGCAGGCAGCAGCUGUGUUUUGCCAGAGUUCUUUUCCAAGGAGCUCAAUAUGUCAUUCGGAGUCUUUGUGUGCGCAGACUUGAUCAAUGCUUGGCCUGCAUUGGAACUUGUAGACAAGGGCAUUCAGCACUUUGUCAUGCCACUGAGCUGGUCGAACGAGAUGUUCCAGAUGCAACCUUUACCUUGGAUUCAAGCUUGGAGCAAACUCAUGAACGUCACCAUUGCUGCUGCAAACUCGCGUAGUCCGACUUCCAGCGGCAGUGGUAUUUUUUCUUCGGGAGUUCCUCUGGCAGUCGCGUAUGAUCUUUCGGGGAGAGAAGCGGAUCAGUUGGCAGUGGCAAGUGCGCCAGGCUGGCUCCCCGGCACCGGUCUGAAAGCUUUUUGUCCCACAGAUCUUUCUCGCACAGCGGCGCUGAAGCCUCAUGGGUCGCAGUGGUUGACCUAUCAGCUUGACAUGUCUGUGGGAAGCCACCAUGCCAGCGUGUGCAGCAACUACCAGCCUGGCUUUGCAGACGGACCGACAUGCUGCAAUGUGACGUACACGUCUAAAGCAACUGGAAAGGGCUAUGUACUUGUGCUGCUGAAUGGUCUGGACUUUGCACCUGGGAUUGAACCGUGGGCAGGGGAAGCAUGUGCGGUGCUGCCAUGUUCCGAAGGAGCGGAUGACUGCUUAUCUUAUCCCGCAGAAGCUCUUUCACGUCAUAAACCGAGCUGGUUCGGUGAGUUCUCUGCAGUGGAGUUGCAAGUUACAUUCUCUGUGCCGCAGCUAGUGUUUCCGCAAGUUCUCUCCGGCGACGGUUUGCUUUCCCCCCUGGAGUGGCACCUGCAGGCUGCUGCUGAAUCCUACCGGCACAGCCUUAGAUUGUCCAGCAGGGCUGCAGAGGAACUUUUGUCUCUACAGUUGUAUGGCCGACCAUUCACGAAGGAUCCCGAUGCGAGUCAGAAGUUCAGAGCUGAGGGUGGUUGCUUGAUGCCAUCGCCGGCACGUGCCACUUCUUCGACAGCCUUACCUUCUGCGUCACACAAUUGGGAGGCUUCGGCUCUUUGUGCCAUUGCUGAAGCACAUUUGGGCAUAGAAGAUCAUCAGAAGGCCUUGGAAGCCGCCGAAGAGGCAUUGUCCCUGUGCCGCUCUCGCUCCUCACGCAGUGGGGAGGCCGAGGCACUGGUCACACAAUUCAAAGCGCAGCUCCUGACCAUCCCUGCAGAACACAUGCGGAGGAUUGUGCGCGAGUUGCUAGCAUUGUGGAGGGAGCUCGGGGCUACAUGGGGCGAAGUUGCGGACAUGUUGGAAUCUGCGCAGAGGUGUUGCGCCGGUGGCAUGAAGGUGGAUGAUGCUUUAGCACAGGCUGCUGAUAAGCGAGAGUCAGAGCAUCGAUGGGGUUUGGCCCAGGAUCUCUGCACUGCUCUUGUCGCUCACCCAGCACUUCAAGCGAAAGCGAAGCUCGCAAGACUGCUUGAGGACUUGCUCGCGGCAAGCCGACAUUGCGGUGCAUUGACGACGCAGGAUUCGCAGGUAUCCGCGGCCGAGGCACUGCUCGAGGCCGGACGUCUCGACGAGGCCCGGCGGAGAGCAGCGCGGCUCGGCGAGGCCGGUCUGCAUACACGUUUGCGGCAACUUCGCAGGCUUUGGCAAGCUGCUGCGCUCUGGGGCCUGCUAGCGAGGUCGACAGCGACGCGACCAAGCCGGGCAGAAGCAUUGGUCAGGCAGAAGGUCCAAUCUGUUGGGAAAAGGCCACAGGAAGCUGCCGCGGAGGUUCCUGGCCAAAGGAUGCACCAUCGGCUCGACCUAGACGAGGAGUUGAGAAGAGAGAACGAUGCCGUCGGCACGGCCAAGCCACGCCAGGCAGGGCAGCCUCAUUCGGGGCUUGAGCAAGGCACGAUUGCCAGUCUGAGGCAGAAGCAAAAUCCUCAUCAGAGUCAAGGAAAAGUCGGUGGGUAUCACCAACUCGAUCUGUCGGGCAUGGUGGCAGAACCCAGGACAGCAGAUUCUCCUCAGACCAUCAUGAGUGAGUCGAUGAUGGCUGAGUAUUGGCAUGGGCGGGCCACAACGAGACGGAUGCAUCUCAAGGAUGUGAUCUUUGCCUGGCUUGUCUGCAGUGUGGGCGCACUCGUCAUCAUCGGUACGUUUUGCUGCUGCCAGUUGAUGCUUCUUUCUGUGCAGUCGCGCAAGUAG